AUGGUUUGGUGCCUCCAUCGGCUUGACGGCUGCCACGCACGUCGCUCCACCCACUUUUUUGGCAGCUUUCGUGCAACCUAUUGCCAAGCCGACCGACGUGCUUCAUUCUCCAAUCCAACUGCGACGGAGCUUCUCUCCAAGUCCAAAGCUGCUGGAAGGAUGAAAAGUAGGGCGUAUAACACAAAAGCCAAGGUCCUGGACAAGGACGAUUUCCCGAAAUUUAGUGAGCUUCUCCACGCAGCUUCGCAUUCGUCCGAGGAUGCCGACAUCAUCGACUCGUGGUCUUCAAGCUCCGACACCGACGAACACGAUGCUGUAGAGUCUAACGUGACGAACUUGUGCCGCUUUUCGGGAUGUCUGAACGCAGCACGCAGUUGUGGCUUGUGUCCGACACAUGGAGGAGGAACACGUUGCCGUAUUCAAGGCUGCAUGAAGCACGUCGUGUCUGGAGGUUUGUGUGUGGCCCAUGGCGGCAUUCGUCGCUGUCGUGGCUCGCCCAGUUGCUCCAGUACUGCUGUGAGUCGAGGGCUGUGCGUACAACACGGUGGCGGACGGAAAUGCAGUAAUGAAGGCUGCAACAAGCACGUGGCUUCUGGCGGACGUUGUCGAACUCAUGGAGGAGGACGACGCUGCCAAGUUCCGGACUGUACGAGUAGCGCUCAAAGUCGAGGCUUGUGUUACGUUCAUGGCGGCGGAGGACGUUGUCAACGUGAAGGAUGCGGCUCCAGUGCCAAGAAAGGAGGUUUCUGCAUCGCACACGGUGGAGGCCAUCGCUGUCAAGUGGCUGGAUGUACCAGUAGUGCUGUGAGUGGUGCUCGUUGUCGUGCUCAUGGUGGUGGACGUCGCUGUGCGGUGGAAGGCUGUACGAGUAGUGCGAAGACUGGCGGUCGGUGUAUUGCACAUGGUGGCGGAAAGCGGUGUACGGUGAGUGGCUGUACCAGUAGUGCACAGCGUCUUGGACUGUGCAAGGCUCAUGGUGGCGGACGACGGUGCAUAGUUGAGAGCUGUGCCAAUAGUGCUGUGAGUCGAGGUCGCUGUAUCGCUCAUGGCGGCGGCAAACGAUGUGUCUUUGAAGGCUGUACAACCACUGCGCGUAAAGGAGGCUUCUGCUUUGCUCACGGCGGGAGAUCUACAGCAAGUACCAAGAGUAAGCCGGUUUCUCCAAUCGCUACCAAGCGUGCUUGGUCUUUAACGGAAGUUCACUCUCCGAUUCCAGCACUGACCUUGCCUCCACGUCGCAUGCUUCCUCCGCUCAACACGAUGCUGAUGGCUAAUCGACCAGGUAUCCUUCGCCGCAGUACACCGAUCCCACCUAUCCGCACACCUGUUGUCUCGUUGGAGCAAGAAGAACAAACAACGAGUAGUGAGUCUGCUUGGCAACUGAGAGCUGUAGACCAAUCGACAUAUCCGCAGACUCCGACGUCUUCUACGCGUUCUGGUUACUCGUGGCAGCGACUACAGGAGACGAUCCGUCGUGAAUCUCGUGUCCACGGGAUCACGAACGGAGACGAUGACGCGGCAUAUGAAGACAAGAUCGCUUGCAAAGUGGAAGAUAAUGAGAUGCACGACUCGGUGACUAACGACGGGUUCUACUGGACGCGAAGCCGCGGCCCAAUUCCAUCGUGA